GCUCAGCCCCGCACUAAACAUCCCACCAUCGUGGGAAUUGGUAUCUUUUAUCUAUCAUCAUUCGUGGUGUGAAGCUGCUGUUUAUUCGAUAUCAGGCUGACCACGAUGCCCAACCUGACGUACAUCCUCGCCCCGAGCUUCCACUUCAAGCCCGGCACAGGCCCAAUCGCACUGGGCAACAUCGUCACAGACCCAUUACGCCCACACCGAGCACUAACGACCGUUGAUGCCAACCUCCUGCAAGAGACAUAUCCACGCGUCGAGACAUACAGCAGCCGGGAUCGAAGCAUGACCCAUGAGGCCCAUCACGAUCUCGCCAUGUCUGUCUGGGCCCAGUUUCUAAAUACCAUCUCCGCAAAGGCCGCCGGAGGCAGCGGCGCGAAUCUACACAGUGAAUAUACAAUGGAUACACUGGAGACAGUCUACUUCGUCGGCGAUCCGCCCCAUGAAGAGAUCGAGGCUCGGGUCCGUUCUCCACGGGUUAAGGCGGUCAUGAAGCGUGGGAUAAGGCUGAAGCGGAAGCCGAUCUACAUGGUAACGGGCAUUAUGGUUGCAAAAGGCUUUGCUGCAAUUCAGGAGAGAGGAACACACAGGACAGGUGAGGCUGGUGUCGAAGCGGGCGUCCCUACUUCUGCGGGCGACGUUUCUAUGGGGGCUACUGUUUCUAGGUCUUCUGGUGCAGAGAGUAGCGAUAGGUGGACUUCCAACGAGGAUAUUGUAUUUGCGUAUCAACUACUCAAGAUUGAAGUGAAAGGAUUCAAGGGGGCGAGGAUAGAGUACGAUGAGCUGAGACACAAAGCCUCAUACCUAAGCACUACAGAGGAUGAAGAGCAGGAUGGAGAAGAUGAAGAUAACAUCGAGGUCGCCGCCACUCAACUGGAACCAGACGAUCUGUCGCAGGCCAACGCUAUAUCAGCGGAAGGAGGUCUGAAAGUGACAUGCCUAUGGGCCAGGGAUGAGGAAUAAUUUCGUCAGGAGCACAGAAUGCUCAGUAUGUAGUUGAUUCUGCACAUAACAGGUCUAUUCGAGCUGGUUCAGACAGCGGACAUGGCGCGUUGGAUAAAAUACCACCGUUCAUCAUGAGACAUGUUCUCGAGUUCCCACAAAGUCACAUAAAGAUAGUGCUCGUUCAUAGAUGAGGUAGCAAGGGCCCUGAACAAGGCUUGCAUCCCACUGCGAGACUGCAGUUUCUCGCGUACUCUGUCAACCGCCUGUAUGUCUCCAGAUCUACCGUAAAUAUAGCCCAGCAAAACUCCAGCCAUACCUGCGGCAACAGCCGUGGCGACAGAUGUGCCUGAUCUAUAUACCUCGUCAUCAACGUCGCUCAGACCCGCGGCGGG